AUGGAGAAUUACCACGUGUUAGAGCUUAUUGGAGAGGGCUCUUUUGGAAAAGUUUACAAAGGGCGCAAGAAAUACAGUGGUCAGGUAAGGGUUGUGAAAUAAGAGCUCUAUGUUUUGAAUUGACGGCGGGAAAACUGUCAAAAUUCUUACAUUUUGCACAGGAAUUAGAUUUUCUUCGUGGAGUUCUUCUAACCUGAUAUAUUGCAUCACUAAAAACAGUUAUUAAAAACUAAAUCCAUGUUUAGCUGAAAAUGUAUGGCACAGUAAACUGAGGAAUAUGACAGCUUAAUCACUGUUUACAUAUGGAGAGUGUUAGUACCUGUAUGUAGUGCUCUUUCAACAGAACAUACUUGGAAGUAGAGGGUGCAGCGGGAAUACGAUGCAACACAAACAUUUUGCUGGAGUUGUAUUUUGCAUUGAGCUGUUGAUGGGGGUGAAGGGGUUAAGAGUUAGAAUCCACUGCCUUUCAUAAAUCUUCAAUAUAGAAACUUUGUACAUGAGUUUCAGUUCUUUAUAAUACGCUCUAUGAAUUUUACUUUUUAGGUUGUUGCAUUGAAAUUCAUUCCUAAAGUUGGCAGGUCAGAAAAAGAGCUGAAAAAUUUACAGAGAGAAAUUGACAUUAUGAGGAACUUGGAACAUGAAAAUAUCAUUAAGUUACUGGACUCCUUUGAAACACCCAAAGAGGUACAGUACAGAAGAAGUCUAGAGAAACUAAAUAGUUUUUAUCUCCACCAUUAAAAAUUGUCUAUUUAACAAAUAAAUUUCCAUGUUGACAUGCAUCUGUUCAGUAUUGUAUCAGUGAUCUAUUACUGUACAGACCCAUGGUGACGUGGGAUCAAUUUAAGGUAAAAAAGAUAAAAUUUAAUGAUAAAAAAGUACAAUGCUGUUGAUGGUGACAACAUAUAUGCAUCUGUCCUCCAAUAGAUCAUAAGUAAGAACCAAUCAAAUUGCGUGUAGGAAUUCAGCUUCUUAAAUUAAAAAAAUUUACUUUUUGCCACAUUUUGAGAUUUCAGAGAGCAAACUAACCUUUCAAAAGCUGUCCUUAGAUUUUAAUUUGGAAUACUUCCAUAGUAAGUUGACCGGAACAUAACCUGCACAAUGUUCUAUAAUUGAACUGGUAUGUUGGGAAGAAAAUUACACAUCUUAGAGAUGGCUGUAGUUGUGGUUGUCUGGCUCUUUAUUUUCAUUUAUCUCUUGCUCUGGUUUGAAUUAAUGUGAUCCAAAUAGUUUGAGUGUAAUCACAUUGGGAGCUGAAGUCUGUAAUGUCACAGGUAAGUGGCUAUUAAGCAAUUUUGAAAAUGUUGACAUCUUAAUUGAAUUUUAUGCACAUUGAAUGACAAUCUUUGAAAGGUUUGGGUACUCUUUGGAAUCUUAAAACACUGGCAGUGACACAGUCUCAUUAUAUACUUUUUAAUGACAGUAAUAAAAGUGUUUUUUUCACUUGACUAUACUUCUUCCUUAACUUUGUCUAUACUAGAGCUUUUAUUAUCACUUAGACUUAAGCAGUUGAUGCCAUUACAAAUGUUUAAUAUCUUUAUUGAAUCAUCCAGGUAUGUGUUGUAACAGAGUAUGCUGAGGGGGAAUUAUUCCAAGUACUGGAAGAUGAUGGUUCUCUUCCAGAGGAACAGGUUUGUGACGAGUGUUUUUUCCAUUGGUUGUCUCUAUUGAAAGUGGUGGAAAUUUUUUUUUUGUACACUGCCAGGACUUGGGAUGAUUCAUGUUGGCUCCACCAUUACUGACCUGGCUAGCUUCAGUGUUUAUGUAUCAGAGUAUAAACAGUUUUAUUUCCCAUCACACAUCAUGAUUUGUUUGUAUGCACAUAACACUUGAGGAAUGCAUGAUAUUUAUUCAAAUGAUGAUGUAUCAAGCUGUAGUAAUUUGCAAUAUCAAACACAAAUAAAUUGUCCAUAAACCAAAACAACCCUGAAGGUGGCAGCAAAACAUGUUGCAAAAUAAUAGUUUAUAUUAAUUAAUGGUGGGGGGGUGGCAUUAAUUAAGUGAUAGAAAACCCUAAGUAAGAGGUGUGUGCCACAUCUGAUAAAGAGAACUUAGAUAAUAAAGGGGUGAGUCAUAAUGCAUAGCACAUUCCAAACACAGACAGAAGGGGUACAUUAACAAGGAUAAAAGGGUACAUUAACCCUUUACACCCUAACAUCAGUAUGCAUAUUCUCCAUACUGUUUUCUAUACAAUUAUUCAGUUGGUGAUCAUUUCCUUUAUUCUCAUGACCUUACUGUGUGGUACAGGGGUUAUACUGUUGGGAGAAAUUAGAUGCUUGUCACUCUCAGGGGUUAAAGGGUUGACCCAUCCAAGGCCAGCCUGAAAGGUUCAGCACUCAAUGAAAGAUUUUGUUCGACACCCAAGUUAUAUUAAUUUCAUUCUGAAGAGAUUUAACAUUUAUUCUCACUGGUUAAAAUAAUGUUGAAUUGCUUUUUCAAAAACCACUCAAUAAACCUGUUCUCUUAUUUUGAUUUGAUGCUCUUUAAAAACUGAAUAUCAGUAGUUUGAAUUGAGACUUCAUACUGUUCCUUGAAAAAAACUUGUUUCACAAUCUUUGAAAUUUUUUCAGGUGAGAAAGAUCGCAUGUCAGCUUGUGAAGGCCUUGUACUAUCUACACUCUCAUAGGAUUCUUCACAGAGAUAUGAAACCUCAAAAUAUUCUUCUUGGAAAAGGUGGUGUGGUGAAACUGUGUGAUUUUGGGUAUGUAGGCAAGAGUUCUUGUUCUAUAGAUAUUCAUACCAUCAUUGGACAUUCACUGUCUCUGUAUCUGCUUCUAUCUUUAAACUCCCUUGACUCAAAUUUUGAUUCUUCCAAUUGAUCAAUUUUGGCAGAAUCAAGUUUAUACAUUAGUAUUGAAAAUCAUAUUUUGACUUUUUUUAAUAUCAAAACAAUAACUGUUUCAAUAACUUAUCAUCCCAUUUUUGCAACUUGAUAAUAAUUGUAAUAUACAUUUUACUUGUAAUCAUAAUUGUUGUCAGCAACAUCUGGGAAGUAUCCUUCUGAACAAAAAAAAUAUUAUGAAGUUGCCAAGCUGAGUUUUAGCUGUAAUUUGUUACAAGCAUAGGUAUUAAAUGUCUACUAUUUCAACCAUGUCCAGAUUUGCAAGAGCAAUGAGUAUCAACACCCUUGUGCUGACAUCAAUUAAGGCAAGUUUA